AUGUGCUCCUCCGACAUCUUCCUAGGCUUCCUCGCCAUUCUAUUCCCACCCUUGCCAGUCUGGGUCAAGUGUGGGAUCUGCAGCGCCGACUCGGUCAUCAACAUCCUCCUCUGUGUCCUCGGCUUCCUCCCGGGCCUCCUCCACGCCUGGUACAUCAUCGCCAAGUUUCCAGAGCCCGACUACAGCAACUACGAGCGCGUCGGCGACUCGGAGCACGGCCGCGUGACAUAUGUCGUCGUCCAGCAGGACGAGAACGGCCGCCGAUCGCAGCGGGCCCCCCGCGGGCAGGCCCAGGGCCAGCCGAAACCGGCGCGUCAGGGCAACAUGAGCUACGGCACCUCGCAGGGCAACAACAACGCCGGCUCGUCAUCGGCGGCGGCGCAGGGCCACGCCAACGGAGGUGAGGGCUCGAGCGACGACCAGGCGCCACCGCCCAGCUACGCCCAGGUCGUGAUGGGCGACAACAAGAUCCAGGACCAGAGCCGGUAA